UCCUCCCUCGUUUGACUGUUUCUGCCUGGGCUGGUGCAGUCUGAGGGAUGGGGGGUUAGAGCCUGCACCGUCCAACUACCUGUGUGGCCCCCGCAUGGAGGACAGUGGACAGGGAUGCGUUUGAUGCAGGACAUUUUAUCCGAGACACGAAUGCCUCCUCAGCAUUUUAUCGGACAUGCCGACGUAAUUUUGACAACAUAAACCAAGGCAUUGCAUGUGCCAACGUUUUUCUGUGAAUAUGCCUUUGUGAGAAACUCUCUGGCUCGUCACCCUCGCCGGGAUUCCCCGCAAUAUUUUCAACAAGAGACGAGAAAAAAAAGCUGCAAAAAUGGACAAAGAAAGUACUGGUACUCAAUAUGAGCCUGUGGCCGAGAUUGGAGAAGGCGCUUAUGGGAAAGUGUACAAGGCGAGAGAUUUGAAGAACGGGGGACGCUUUGUAGCCCUGAAAAGAGUUCGUGUCCAGACAGAGGAAGAGGGGAUGCCUCUCUCCACCAUCCGGGAGGUGGCGGUACUGAGGCAGCUUGAAGCCUUUGAACACCCCAAUGUUGUCAGGUUGUUUGAUGUUUGUACAGUCUCUCGGACUGACCGAGAAACCAAACUCACGCUGGUCUUUGAGCAUGUGGAUCAGGACCUGACCACCUACCUGGAGAAGGCCCCUGACCCCGGAGUACCACCUGAGACCAUCAAGGAUAUGAUGUACCAGUUGCUCCAGGGGCUGGACUUCCUGCACUCACACCGCGUGGUUCACCGUGACCUGAAACCCCAGAAUAUCCUGGUCACCAGCGGAGGACAGAUCAAACUGGCCGACUUCGGGCUAGCCCGCAUCUACAGCUUCCAGAUGGCGCUCACCUCUGUGGUGGUUACACUGUGGUACAGAGCCCCAGAGGUGCUGCUCCAGUCCAGUUACGCCACGCCAGUGGACCUGUGGAGUGUCGGCUGUAUCUUCGCUGAGAUGUUCAGAAGAAGACCGCUAUUUCGAGGAAACUCAGAUGUUGAUCAGCUGGGAAAGAUUUUUGAUGUUGUAGGGGUACCUUCAGCAGAAGACUGGCCCCAGGAAGUGGCCCUACCACAGAGUGCCUUCACCCCCCGGCCCCCUAAGCAAAUAGAGGACUUGGUUCCAGACAUGGACGAGCAAGGACGGGCCCUCUUAAUGCAAUUCCUCGCCUUCAACCCCUCCAGAAGGAUAUCGGCCUUUGCUGCACUGAGCCACCCCUACUUUCAAAGUGUGGACAGCCACAGUAGAAGUGUGUACGCGGCCCAGCCGAUCCCCAGCAACAAGCCCACUAUGGAGGAGAGGACUGCCUAACCAUCCUCUUUCACCCUCAAUCAUCCCAUACAGUGUUUAUAAAAAGUAUUCUGCAUACCCCACCAUGGUGUUAUUCAUGUUUUAUUGUUCUUUUAUAGCAUUAAAUCAAAGUGUUAAUUAAACUUUUUGGACACUGAUCAACAGAUACAUUUUAAAUGUCAAAGUGAAAAUAAAUCUGUAGAAAUCGAUGUAAUUUAAGUACUAUAGUAAUAUAGAACACAAAGUGAUUGAUACAGACAUAUUCGCCACCUCAAGUCAGCACCUUUGGCAUCAUUUACAGCCUUGAGUCUGUGGUUAAAUCUGCAUCAGCUUUGCACGUUUGGAUAUUGCAGUUUCCCUCAUUCUUCUUUGCAAAAGUCGUAAAGCUCUGUCAAGUUGCAUGGUGAGCUUGACUGAACAGCAGGUUUCAAGUUCUGCCACAAAUUCUUGGUUGGAUUUAGGUCUGGAUUGUGAUUUGGCCACUUGAGUGUUGUCCUUUUGAAGACAGUCAUGUGCAGCUUUAGGGUUUAGGGUUGUUGUCCUGCUUGAAAACAAGUCUUCUCCCAACAUGGCAGCAGGUUUUCGUCCAGGAUUCUUCUGUAUUUUACCCUCUACCUUCACAAGCCUUCCAGGGCCUGCUGCAAAGACACAUUGCAACAACAUGAUGCUACCAACACCAGGCUUUGCAUAGCAUUUAGUUUGUUGGCCAAAAAGCUUGAUUUUGGUGUCAUCCCACCAUGAUGCCUUUUUUCACUCCCACAUGCAUUUGUGCAAAUGCAAGCUGAAAUGUCAUGAGAUUUUUCCACAGUUUAUGUACCCAGGCAGCAGUUGCUGUAGGCUCAAAAUCUCCCAUCUCAGUUCAACCCUGUUCCUCCUUCAGUGUACCUCAUUGUGGCCUUCCAAACCAUUGCCUUGAGGAUGACCUGCUCUAGACAGACCUGUACUCAAUACUCAGUGCCUUCAUAUCUUACUGGUAUCCCUCUACUGAUGGGUACCUUCAAUAACCUUGGUGUAGAUUAGUUUGAUGUUUCUGUUUUCAUAGUGUAGUCUAUGUUAGCUGUUGGGCCCUGCAGACACAUGCGCAUUUAACUAAUAAAUCACAUCUUGAUUACACACAGGUUAUCGCCAUUCUACCUAUUAUUCAGCAACAGUUGGCUGCACCAGUGCUAAAUUAAGUGUCGUAGUUAAGAUGGGAAAACCUUACUCUGUCAUUCAGAUCCAUUUGUAGAGAUUUGUUUCCUCUUUGACUUUUAAAGAGACCUGUUUCUGAUAAUCAGUGUCAAAAAAAGCUUAAUCAACUGUGAUUUGGUGCAAAACAUGAAAUAGACCAAGGGGGCAAAUACGUUUUAUAGUCAAUGUACAAAGCUCUAGGCAAAUAGUCCUAAAGAGCGGGGUGAAGAUAGUGUCAAGAAAGAUGACACCAACGCUCUCGUCCCCCGAACAAUGCACAAAAGCUAUCCUCCUUCCAUGAACUGAUGGAUUGUAAUUGCUGCUUUUAGGUUGUUAAAUGUUGAUGAUUGUUUCGUGGGCAGACGGACUGUAGAGGCCAUGAAGCAGAAGACUCUUUAUGAACAGUGUUUCGCCUUGCAAGAGCCCUUUUGACUGGGGGACCGGACCAUGCAGGAGCCUGGGUGGACAGCAUGGACCUCACCUGCCUUUCACACUUACUGUGGGUGCGUGCAGUAAGCAGAUACACAAUACAAGCACGCUCACAGAUACGUACACAACAUUUAGUGUGUGCACUACCACUGACAUUAGCACGCUCAUGUCACACACCUACUUAUCGAAAUGUUAUUAGGCGUCACAAGCCAGCCACUCACUGCCAUGUUGUGACUUAUCAUUUCAGUUCUACAUGUAUUAUGUUACUGCCACCUUGAGGAUGUCCUGAGUAACUGCAGACCAGUAGCGGGAUUCUAAUGGUUUCUGCGAUCUUCAAGGAACUCAUCAUAAUGGGCUGAUAUCGUGCUGAGACAAUGAUGAAAGAACCCUAUAGAAACGUUCCUGCCACUUACUUGGUGUUUAUGACUUGCUUCUAGUCUGCCAUCAUGGGCUUUUAUCAUUAUAAAAUACAAUUAUUAUGUACUAUCCGAAUGAUACAGUAAUGCACAGGCUUGCAAUAGGUGGUGACAGUCCCACCAGCACUAUUCAACAUGAAUACAUUUGGCACAGAAUAGUGUCGCCAAUAUUAUGUAUUUAAUUUUAAUUUUAUUGACAAGUCUUAUAUACUUGUUUUCAUCAAGAUGCUGGGGCAUACAAUAUUCUUACACCAAUUACACCAAUUCUUUAGAUGAUUCUAGAAUUUGUGUAAGAAUAGUUUGUCAAUGUAAGGAAUGUAUAGAGUAUAGGCAUUGGUACUGUACAGUAUAGAGUGCUAAGUACAAGCUGUAAUGAUAGAAAACUUUUGAUACACGCAUUGUCAGCCCAUAGAUAUGUCGUAAAAAUGGAUAGAUGUAGAGUAGCGAGGGUCAGUGGAAUGUUGUAUGGCAAGAGUAUUUUGUCUAUUGAAAAUGUUGGUUGGGCUCUGUGGGUGCUUGUUGAAUUUAAUUUGGAUUAAGAAUGACUACGAAUUUUACAGUGGUUUUGAUAAUGAAAUAAUGCACAAAUAUUUUGUGUACAGUUUUUGCUUUAUUUUACUGCCAUGUCCCGUUGUAUUCAAAUCCAGUUUUUACCAGCAAGGAAAAAGCAAGUUAUGCAGAGUUGUAUUUUUGUAUGUAGUAGUUCUUGCAGAACAGUAACAUAUUUUAACACUGGUUUACGUUUUCUUAACAGGUAGUGCUGCUAGCACACACACACAGACACACUCUCUGACUUUCUCAGGUUCUUUUUAUGGAUGUCCGAACUUUUCGGGCACAGUUUGCACAUCCCUGGGCUACUAACUGACCACAUCACAACUCCUUCAGGUUUUCUUUCAAGCUGUCCCACGAUCAUGUCAUUGAUCAUAGUCUACUGUCAAUCCUAUUUAUCAAAUAUAUGUUACUGUAGUCAUUACUGUCUUAAGAUAACUGCCUGUAUGAACUGUUUUUACCAGCAACUUUAGAUGGCGAUGACAAAAUAGCUCCAUCUAUAAUUGUCUGCUUGACUAAGCACUGUGUGAAUUUUCUAUUUGAUAACGACUCCUAUCUGGUGUCAUUGGUGCAUACAAUGCAAUGAAAGCUCCAAGUACUUUAGACAUAGUUUACAAUUAAAAUAAUGACUGCUUUAGCCUCAUUACACUUGAUACAAUCACUGUAUACUUUUAUCAUGAGUUAACCAGUUUGUAAUACAUUUCAAUAUCAUAACAUAAAACAGAAGUCCACUGUUGAGCUUUUAGAAAUUUCACUCUUUUGACACCAACAUAUAAGUCAAAUUACACACAUGUUCCUCUGUCACAUUUGUUUUUUAACAUAUGGCAAUGGAGACUAGGAAAACACAAUCAUGGCAUUAUACUUAUGUAUGAAUGCUGGCAUUGGUGUCUUAUUAUUGUGUUGCACCAGUUGAAUAAAAAGCAGCUUUUUGUGAA